UAGCUCCUCCCUCUCUGUACCGUGUGACAACAACAACUCAUCCACAGAGCGGAGCUGCACUUUUCAGCUCAUUUUCCUCCUGUCAUUCCUCCUCCUAUCUUUGAUCAUUGUCCCGCCGCUCGGCCCCCCCAAAAGCCCCUCACUCAGCACGCCUUUUUCUGCGCAGCUCUUUUCUACUUUCCCCCCCUAACUUAUCCGAGGAGCUAAACUCUCGUGGAUUCUUUCAUUUCGGGGUGUCUCGCCAGGCUGGGUUUUUAUACUUUGAACUUCGGCUACUCUCUUCCCCCUCCUGUAGGUGACCAUGGCCGUACCGGCUGCUCUGAUCCCACCAACUCCUCUGGUGCCGCUGCCUCCGAUCUCGACUCCCUCCACCACCACGUCCCCGCCGUCGACAACUUCAUCGCCGUCUCCAUCCCUCGCGCCUCCAUCCGGACCCGGGCAGAACCUGUUCAGGUCGGAGCUGCUCGCCACCGGCAGCCCGGGCAUCCCGAACCCGAACGCGGCGCUGCCCCCCGGCAAACCCGUGUACUCGACCCCGUCGCCUGUUGAGAACAUACCGCAAAACAACGAGUGCAAGAUGGUCGAGUUGCGCGGUGCCAAAGUGGCCUCGUUCACCGUGGACGGCUGCGAGCUCAUCUGCCUUCCGCAGGCGUUCGACCUGUUCCUGAAGCACCUGGUCGGGGGACUGCACACCGUCUACACCAAGCUGAAGCGGCUGGAGAUCACGCCGGUGGUGUGCAAUGUGGAGCAGGUCCGCAUCCUCCGAGGGCUCGGCGCCAUCCAGCCAGGGGUGAACCGCUGCAAACUCAUCUCCAGGAAGGACUUCGAGACCCUGUACAACGACUGCACCAACGCGAGCUCCAGACCUGGCCGGCCUCCGAAGAGGACCCAGAGCUUGACAUCAUCAGAGAACCCCCACAUCAUGCCCCACUCGGUCCCCGGCCUCAUGUCCCCCGGCAUGAUGCCACCCACAGGCCUGACAGCGGCGGCGGCAGCAGCUGCCAACGCAGCCAUCGCAGAGGCCAUGAAGGUCAAGAAGAUCAAGCUGGAGGCGAUGAGCAGCUACCACGGCAACGCCAACCACCACGGGGCCGACGAGAAUGGAGACCUCAGCUCCGGCAUCGAGCCAUCAGCCGUAUACUGGGCCCAGACAUCUUCGUCAUCACACCGCCGCUCCUCUGGGACCAAGAUAAAGACAAAGAGAGCAAAUCCAAAAAGAUUCCUGGAUCUGCCCCCUGAUCCGUAUCUGCACCAUAAUUUAACAGGCCUGGAACUCCCCUUCAUGAUGAUGCCACACCCCCUGAUCCCAGUCAGCCUGCCCCCAGCCUCUGUCACCAUGGCGAUGAGCCAGAUGAACCACCUCAGCACCAUCGCAAACAUGGCGGCUGCAGCACAGGGCCAGAGCCUGCCCUCCAGAAUGGUCACCUCUGUUAUAAAGUGGAUGCAGGGGCUGCAGGAACGUGUGCCGGACAGUCCCUCCCCUGCUCCCUCCUUAGAAGACAACAGGAGGCCGGGCAGUCACCCAUCGUCCCACCGCAGCAGCAGUGUGUCCAGCUCCCCAGCCCACACAGAAAGCUCCUCAGAUAGGAUACGUACGUCUUCAUACUACACUGCACACCACAAUGGCCUGUCCAUGAACCAAGCCCUGCUCGGCCUGUCCCCCAACAUCCCGCCUGGACCUAAAGAGGGAGACCUGGCCCACGACAUGAGCCACGAAGCAAAGAGGAUGCAUGCUGACAAAGAGGACAACCUGAUGUGCACCCCAACAGCAAGAGACAGCUACGAGAGGUUGUCGUUGGCUGGACAGGCUCUACCUCCUGGCUUCCCCUCACCAUUCCUCUUCCCAGAUGGUUUGUCAUCAAUAGAGACCCUACUCACAAACAUACAGGUGUGUGCACAGGGCCUGCUCAAAGUGGCAAUUGACAACGCACGGGCUCAGGAGAAGCAGGUGCAGCUGGAGAAGACGGAGCUGAAGAUGGAGCUGUUCAGAGAGCGGGAGCUCAGGGAGACUCUGGAGAAGCAGCUCGCCAUGGAGCAGAAGAACAGAGCGAUCGUCCAGAAGCGUCUCAAGAAGGAGAAGAAGGCGAAGAGGAAACUCCAAGAAGCUCUGGAGUACGAGUCCAAGAGGAGAGAGGUGGCUGAGCAGACCCUGAAGCAGCCGUCGCCCUCUGACAGCAUGCGUUCACUCAACGGUCAGACGCUCCACAACUCUCUGACCCCUGAGAUGGAGAGUGACCGCAGCAGUGGAAGAACAGAUGCUGAAAGGACAAUACAAGAUGGAAGACUGUUCCUGAAAACCACAGUGAUGUACUGAUAAGGCCGCGAGGAGCUGGAGGAAACAAAAAAAAAAUUUCAUGAAAAAAAAAAAGGGAGAAAGAAAGAAAGAAAAAGAAAACCCAUGAAGAUUCUCAACGGCCCUUAUCCAGGCUGAUUUUAAUAGUGGAAAGAAGUCAAGCUGCUUGUAGGAGUUCAAUGGAAAUGCUGUGUUCACCCAAAUGCUGGAGGAGGUUGUGUCUGAAUGUAGAGUAAGAAGUCUUUUUUCCACCACCAGAGGCCGACGCAAAAUAGUUUGAUAAAGCAGGUUUUGACGGGUUGGCCAAACGUGAAGGAUAACAUAUAUAUUGAGCACAGUAAAAAUGUACCCAUGGUACACUGUUGGUAAUAACUCGUAAAUUCACAGCACUGAAGAUUUUUAUACUGUAUCUCAGCCAGCGAGAAAGCUUCGAAAAACGAAAAUUCGACUGAAGGUUUGUUUUGUAUUUCAAAUUGAAUUUUGAGAAGCCAACGCGUGGAGAUGAACCUUGCGGAGGGCGAGAAAAAAAAAAAAAGUGUGAAUCUGUCCACGUGUUCAUCAAAAGAGAAGACUGAUGUUUUGAUUUUAAUGUUUUCUAAAUUAGAUGACAAUACAAUCAAGUUUCCUUUUUACCAUUGUUGUAUAUACAUGAUCGGAUGAUAAUGAUAGGAAAAACUCACUCUAUCGAACCCCAGCGGAUUGAUGAGGUAUGUGUAUAUAACGUUAAGAGGUAUUGUGUAUGCAGUAGAGCUAUUAGGCAAACAAUACCACCAUUUAUAUAAACCUACAGUUUUGUUUUGUUCUAUUUCUGAGCCAUCAUUCUUUCCUAUAGCUGCCAUUUUGGUGAGAAAGCAUGCAGGCAUGUAAAUGUUUGUCCUGGAAUUAUGAUAUUUAAUAAAUCCUAUAUUGUGCUGAACAAAUACUAGGGUUGACUCACUCGAGCCCGCAGGAUUUUGAAAAACAUAACUAUCAGACAUUUCACUUUCCAAAAGACUUUUGCUGUCGAUAGUACUGUAAUCUUUGUAACAGAGGUAAUAUUUCUUGGAAUUUACUGUACAUUUGUCAUGAGACACACUCAAAAGACAGCACCUCUCGAUACUUUUACAGAAACAAAAAAAGAAAAAAAAGAUCCGGACUAAUUAUGACCACGUGUGUCGGCUCCAGAAACAAACGGUCACGACACAAAUGUUUCCAAUCUCGAUGCCAUUUAGUAACCACGACGCUCGAAUCCCCGUUGAGCCACCACAAACACACUCUUCUUUUUUUAGAGUGCGCGGCGAGAUCCUGACGAGAAGAAGAACUCAUGAUAAGUUUUGAUUUUCUUGUUACUUUCCCUGAAGACUUCUGAAUUUCAGUGCUGAACCACCUGUGUAUAUUCUCUAGACAUAAGCUGAUGUCAGUCGUUUAACUGCAAACCAGUUUAGACCUUAUGUGUUACAAUCAGGAGAGGAAGAGGAGGAGGAGUGUCCCAUGUUCACAAUGUGUUUGUUCUUUUUGUUCUCAAUGGAGUGUCUAGGUCUGUUGUCACUGAUAACUUAUAUAGCUUCUCGAAUCAUCUCUUCAUUGUAUUUCAAAUUCAAAUAAAAGUUAACAUGUUGAUGAUAAA